UUAACAAUUAAUCCUAUGGUGAGGCCUUGACAAAUUUUAACAAUUAAUCUUGUAAUGAAAUCAUAUAUCAAUUGAUUACCUAUUCCAUUAAUGAUAAACCAUGAACACGUCAAAACAACACUUUGAUGCUCUCGUAAAUCAAACACGUAAGGCAAAUACACAAAAUUGAUAACAGGACAUUAAUAAAGUCAAACCGAUAAGGUUUGGAUCUUUGCUGCUGUACUUAGUGACUAGUCGCUUGUAUCAAAUAUUAACAAUCGUUGUGUAGUCGCGGAGAAAAACUGAGGUCAACACACGACAAACUGUGAACAAAGAGUGUGCGUGAUUAACAAAUACCAUUCAUUAAUUAUUAUAAUGACUUGAAGGCAAAUGCUAAAAUGUUGUGAAGUGUAUAUUUAGGAAAUGUGAUAUUGUUAAUUACAAAAAUUGAUGCUAAAAUGACUAGUGCAGUGAACAAAAUUCCACCAGAUGGAGGGUAUGGAUGGGUCGUGGUGAUCGCUUAUGCACUUAACAAUGUAGUUGUUCUUCCCCUUAUAAGCGGAUUUGGUCUUAUUUUUCAAGAAGCAUUUGAGGAAACAGGCUUAUCUGCCACACAAGGCACGCUUGUUAUCACACUCAAUCAUGGAAUCGGCAUGCUUAUAUCUUUUUUCACUGGACCCGUACUCCAGAGAUAUGGGUACAGAAAAGUUGCAGUUUUUGGAGCUAUUUUUAUCAGCCUCGGUCUCAUGAUGACAGCAUCCUCAUCAAAUUUCUGGCUGUUUAUAUUCUCCUAUAGUAUUAUUUGUUCGUUGGGUGUUGCUUCAGUUAUGGCAUCUUUUUCAUUAGCAAUAAAUUCUUUCUUCAAAGAGAAAAGGGCUCGAGCAGUCGGAGCAGGAAUGUCCAUGACAGGUUUAGGAGCUAUAUACAUGCCUCUUCUCAUGAGUACCCUCAUGUAUGCCUACGGCUGGAGAUUCGCAGUACUCAUCCUAAGUGCCAUCUGUCUACACUCUCUAGUAGCUGCCUGUUUACUUAGACCAGCAAAAUGGUACUUAAUAAAUCCUCCAGUAACAGAAGAAAUGGAACCAUUAAAUAAAGAAAAUGGUAUAGAACUUGUCAAUGGAAGUUUUACAGAAUCUUCGAAGUUAACUGGAUCUACAACAUUAAAAGUCGAAGAAAGUGUGGAAAUUGAUUUAAGUCCUCUUAAAAGCAUAUCAAUGAGAUCAUUAAACAGCAAUGCAAGUCUCCAAUCCAGGAACGCUAUAUCACAUCCCGAUGUACGCAAAAAGCAGCACUUAGAACCAUCGCUCUCUGAAGCUAAAUAUAAGUGGUGGGAAUCACAAGAGAUAAAUUUGGGCAGUUCAAUAAAUAUUUUCAAUGAACCAAAAUCUGAAAUCAAAGAGAAAGAAACAGCACAACCUGAAAAGGCUAAGAAAGAAAAGACUUUUCUCGAUAAAAUCAUAAAAAUUUUUGAUCUGACUUUACUCAGUGAUCCAAUAUUCGUAAAUAUUUUGAUUGGUCUCUCGGUAGCUUCAUGUGUAGAAACAAAUUUCUCCUUGCUACUUCCAAUGAUCCUUAAAGACAUGAUGGGAUUCGAAACGUUUUCCAUAGCUCAAAUCAUGGCAGUUAUUGGAUUUUCGGAUACGAUAUUCCGAUUUGUGUCUCCUUUUAUCGGAGAAUGGUGUAAUAAACCAGCAAGAGUUAUGUAUAUCAUAGGUUUAUUAUUAAUUAUAUUUACACGCACAAUUAUGCUGUUCACUACUACCUACAUUGGGAUGAUGUUCGUAGCCCUACUCAUGGGCAUCACCAAAGGAGUGCGAACAGUGUAUAUGAAUGUCAUAAUUCCCAGUUAUGUUCCCAUUGACAGACUUCCUUUUGCAUACAGCAUACAGAUGUUCGUCAAUGGAAUCACUAUUAUAGCAUUAGGUCCACUAUUAGGCAAAAUUAGAGAACUAUCCGGCUCGUAUCAAAUACCUAUAGUGGUAUUGAAUUUAGUGACAGUGAUUACGAUCAUUCUGUGGUGCUGUGAAUUUAUUUACUUCAGGCUGAAGCAAAAACCUAUUACAGAGAACCAGGAAACAAAAUAAUAGCCCAUGAUACACCAUUGGAGUGGAACAAUCCUCUCAAACCAAGAAAGAACGAUUUUUAGUCUGAGUGGCUUCAUAAGUGAAUGUUAAAUUUAAUUGUUAUUAAUAUAAGUCAUCAGAUAGCUAUAUAAAAUUUGUUAGAAAUGCUGAUAUUUUAUUAUUUAUGAAGGCCGUAAACAAAAAGGACAUAUCACUUCGUUGCAUUUAUUUACAUGAGAGUAUUUACAUUACGUUUGUUUACUUUGUAUCAAGAACAACAAACAUUUGGCUAUAAAAUAAUGGAAGAGAUAAUUCUUGCUUGCAUAUGACAUCGUAAAGACAUUCUAAGAAACUUUGGUUAUCAUGAUAUUUUGUUAUUACAAUCUCUUGACGUUUACUAAGAUUUAGAAAAACAGUUUUAACAUAAAUAGGUAGGUACAUUUUCAUCAAAAUAUAGUUGAUCAAAUUAAAAAGAACACUACCACUAAUAUAUUGGUAUUCUUCUUAAUUUGCUCGAAUAAAAUUCUUAAAUCUAUUCACACAUUAAGUAAAUAUUUUGUAACAUGUUAUUUCAUUGUUCAAACAUUGAGUCACCAUGAGUUAAUCACUUUUGUUGUGUCUUUCACUUACUCUCACUACUUUAGAGUUUAUUCUCACAGUUUUUUUUUUUUUUAAUUUCACCUCAUAGAUAUAUUUCACAAUUAAACACUUGAGUGAUGAAUAAAUGUAUCACAUAUUUAA